AUGAUUUCCACCGUCAACGGCCAAAUCCGUUAUUCAAUACCAGAGGAGAUGAAGAAAGGCUCCCUCAUCGGUAAUGUAGCACAAGAUCUCGGUUUGGAUCUGAGAAGGCUCCGGUCUGGCCGGGCCCGUAUCGUGACCGGAGAAAACAAUCAGUACACCGAGCUGAGGACAGACAAAGGGAUUCUAGUGGUGAACGAGAGAAUAGACCGAGAAGAGCUUUGCGGAGACGUGACGCCGUGCAGCUUCAGCUUUGAGAUUAUUUUAGAAAAUCCAAUCGAACUCCACCCUGUGAACAUAAUGAUCCAGGACCAGAACGACAACCCUCCUCAGGUUCUGUACCCAGUCCAGACUGGUGGAUCUGUGGUGGCUGAGAUGGUGCCUCGUUCAGCAGAUGUGGGCUAUCUGGUGACUAAAGUGGUGGCUGUUGAUGUGGACUCUGGACAGAAUGCCUGGCUGUCCUAUAAACUGCAGAAAGCCACAGACAGGGCGCUGUUUGAAGUGGGCUUACAGAAUGGAGAAAUCAGAACUAUCCGCCAAGUCAGUGAUAAAGAUGCAGUCAAACAGAGACUGACUGUCAUAGUGGAGGACAACGGGCAGCCCUCUCGUUCAGCUACAGUCAUUGUCAACGUGGUGGUGGCGGACAGCUUCCCUGAAGUGCUGUCGGAGUUCACUGACUUUCCACACGACAAGGAGUACAAUGACAACCUGACUUUUUACUUAGUGCUGGCUCUGGCUGUAGUUUCCUUCCUCUUCAUCACCUGUUUAGUUGUUAUUAUAUCAGUCAAAAUCUACAGAUGGAGACAGUCUCGCAUCCUGUAUCACUCCAAUCUGCCUGUGAUUCCAUAUUAUCCACCACGUUACUCAGACACUUUGGGGACAGGGACUCUCCAACACGUGUACAAUUACGAGGUGUGCAGGACGACUGACUCCAGAAAGAGUGACUGUAAGUUCGGCAGAGCUGGUAGUCAGAACGUGCUGAUAAUGGACCCCAGUUCUACAGGAACGAUGCAGCGGAUUCAGAAUGAGAAGAGCAUCCUGGAUGAACCAGACUCUCCUCUAGAGGUUAGCUUUGUCUUUUCAUGA